AUGGCUAACCUUGAGGCACGGAUGCCGAUUGUUGCGGGGAAGGAAGAGGUCAACGAUAACAAUGCAAACUUCACUGCAAUCACUUGGCUUCCUAAUAAUAGCAUCCCUCCGCUCAUCUUGGUAACUCAUGAUGAGAGUACUUUGCCGCUCAUGAUGGACUCAAGCGUUUUUGGUUUCCAGAUGGUGAGCAACCAUUGGGCAGGCCUGUCCAUUUACGUCAGCGACUUGCUUUGCAAUGUCAUUGAACGGUUAGGACUUGAUGAAGAAAAGGCUGCUCAGUAUCCUGAACUACCAGCAGCAGCCUGCAUCAUCAUGCAUCCUGGCACACAGCAUGACGGAUGGUGGAUAUCGGAGAAACUGUGCAAACAAGUUGUGACUUGGCUAUCCCAAUCUUUAAGGCGCGAUUGUCCAGCUGUCAAGCUCUUUUUGCCUUUGACAAUGCAACAGGCCACAGUGCAUUUGACCCCGAUGCCCUUUGCGCCAGCAAAAUGA